AUGACCACCGCUUUUAUUACCUUGCUAACUAACGAAUCUUAUCUUGCAGGAGCUCUUACCCUUGGGAAUCUGUUGAAGAAGAAUCAUAAGACAACUCAUAAGGUUGCAAUUUUGAUUGAUAAACAAUCACUUUCUAAAUCAUCUAUUGAUCUAAUUCUGUCUGUAUUUGAUGAUGUGAUUGAUAUUUCUGAUCGUCUUAUCAAAUCACUGCCAAUUGAUACCCUUACCAAACUUGGUAGACCAGAACUUUCCCAUACAUUUAAUAAAAUCCAUAUUUGGGAUUUAAUUCAAUAUUCUACCGUUAUUUAUUUAGAUUCAGAUACUUUACCAAUUAAAUCAUUAGAUCAUUUAUUUGAUAAAUAUGGUGGUACAAAGUUGAAACAAGGAUCAAUUGCUGCAUCUCCCGAUUCAGGAUGGCCCGAUAUUUUCAAUUCAGGAUUAAUUAUUUUAAAUCCUAAUCAUGAAACAUAUGAGGAAUUAAAGGAAUUUCUGACCAAUCCUAUCAAUACAUUUGAUGGAGCUGAUCAAGGACUUUUAAAUGAAUAUUUCAAUUUGAAAUCAAAUGGGAAGAAUUGGCAUAGAUUACCAUUUCUUUAUAAUGUUACCCCAACUGAUUCUUAUCAAUAUACCCCUGCUUAUGAUCGAUUUGUUGAUCAAAUCCAAUUAAUUCAUUUCAUUGGAGGUAUUAAACCAUGGCAUGGUAAAUCUCAUUCAAAUAAACAUCAUGAAUUAUGGUGGAAAGAAUUUGAAAAACAUUUUACUAAAGAAGAAAUUAAUUCAAUUUUAGGUCAUGGUGAAGGUAAAAAUUUAAAGUUUACAAAGACUGAGAAUGUAUGGGAUGAAGAGAUAAAUGAAGAAAGUGGAGAGAUUGAAGAUUCUAAAGCUAAUAUUCCUCCAGUUUUCCCCUGGGAACAUAGAGAUGAUCAAAUUCCUGCAAGUAGAACUUUUAAAUCAUUCAAGGAGAUUGAACAAGUUGUUGAAGAUGAAUUUAAUUCAAUUUCAACUUCUAUCAAGAAGAAUAUUGAAAGUUUGGGGAAAUUAAGUCUUGGGAAGAUUGUAAAAGAUCAAGAAUCUUUAAAGGAUAAGUAUAAUAUUGAUAGUAAUGAGGGAGAUCAAUGGGAUCCAAUUGCUUCAUUUGAUAAGGUUUCAAAGUUGCCAAGUAAAUUUUUGAGUAAGGAGGAGAAGAAAGAUUGA